AUGGUUGCUCCGAAUCUCCAGAUCAUGAAUUGGGCGAAGGCAGGAGUACCCGUCGUCUUCGUGGCGGCAAUUUCCGCACCAUGCAGCCCACACAACGAUCGACAGACUCGCCCCCGAGUUUUAUUCCGUGCGCUCGUCUACGCCUUGAACGAACCUGGAUGGCACCAAAGCUACCGCGACCUGGUAGCCAGAAUCAAACGCGCCUCGUCCUGCCUGGCUCGAAUCCAGAACGACCUGUUACAGCAGACCACGAGUAUUCUAUUCGACUUGGUCGACUUGGAGUUACUCAAGGACGUCAACUUGUUCGUGGACGUGUUGGAGCAAGACGCCAGGGAUUCUAAGGUCGACGCCGCCGCCUCCGCUUUGGAAGUGGUCACAGACACGGACUACCUGAAUCCGGUGCUCGUUUGCAAACCUAUUCCGGUGCCAACUGGGUUCAUCCACACUACCCGCUAUCAAGCCUGGUACGAAGCUCAGCAGGUAUACUAUGAGAGCACUCCCGCUGGUGUGAAGCUGGGAUGGAACACUCUUAUCCUGCUACGCAACUCGGUCGAGAAUUUCUGCAGCCACAUGGCCUACGGCCUGCGGACGCACAAUCGUGAUCACCCGGACCAUCGCAUGACCGUGGUUGAUCUGGUGCGACUAGUGCAGCUACAUCCAGAAGAGUUGGAUGCGCCGUUGGCAUAUGCGAUGAACUGCUUCCAGGCGUUGAACGUAUGUGCUCGAACGCUAAGGCUGUAUUCCAUCGACCACUCGUACCAGUGGCCCGAACAGGAGGACUUGAAAGGGACCAUUGACGAAAUCUUGGACCUGUUGUCCAAACCUCCUCCAACAGGAUUGCUGGCUGACUACUCCUGGAUGAACCAAGCCUUCAAGAUGUGGAACCAGGCCAUCGAGGUGACACGAACUUUCCCCGUCCCAUUGCGGCCCACCCUCCAUGGGCAAGAGCCGCUCCUCGUGUUGGUGACGACGAUAGCUCUAUUCCCGAAGGACCUGCGCAUCCUCUCCUACAACCUACUGCCAGCCGACUACUACAGAAAGCACGCCAAGGCCUACAUCAGCGAGAACGCACCACCUCCUGAAAGCGGGUGGGAUCUACCCAUUGACACGACGAAUGCUGUGCUCAUCACGCAUCAUUUCAAAGUGAAGUCGGGAAAAGUCUAUGGGACGAAGGUCGCUAAACGUCGGGAUGGUGGAGGUUUCAUGAACGCCGUGGACGAGACUCCGAGGCCUGUCAUUGGCAAGACGUUCCAACAGAUCUAUUUGAGGCGAUUGGUUACGAUGCUGGCGAGGUCUGGUGGAUUAUCAGCAAACGUGGAGGCAGGAUUUCACCUACCCACAUUCAUACUGAAAGGGGACGAAGAAUGGCUCCGGCUCUACAAUCAAAUUUACCAGCGAAUGCACCUGGGUUGUACCCAAUGCCUUCCUGAGCCGGCAGUUCUCUCCGCGUGCGUUUUCGAUGAUCGUCAAUCUGACGAAUGGAUUCGCCCGAACUUCCCUGAAAAUGAGAUCGUGGAACUCUGCGAAGCUGAGGCGAACUUAUGUGAAGUCAUGCAUUUCGCCAGUCGUGAAGACGGCGCAAUAUGGAAAUCCGAAUGCACCCUGCUGGUGAUGGAUUACAACUUGCGCUCGAAAUCCAGCGAUUCACCCAUUCGUACAACUCCUCUCAUCGCCAUGCGAGACAAAGGAUGGUCCGCCCUGGAAGUGUUUGCGCCUCCGGAGGCAAACCGACCUCGUGACAACAUCGCGAACUUCGCAUCGACUGUCAAGCGGGCAUGCGAUCGACUAAGGGAAGUGCACGUGGACAUCGUCUCGCGGAUGACCGUACACAUCCAUUUGUCAAUGUAUGGCGUGACCCUCGCUCCUCUGGAAGAUGAAGUCAUUGAGGAGUUUUACACUCAACCUAUUACCAAGCUACAUGAGAUUGUCCCGAGGUCCGCUGCGGUCACGAUAAAUGACGACCCGUUGCUUAAUGGUCUCGACCACACCGCGCUCUCCUAUGGCAUUGUGAUCAAGAAGAUUGCCAAAGAGUUACGCGCCAACGGAUGCCUGGUUCUGACUACGUCAAGCCUAUGGCCUAAGUUGUUGUCAGUGACGAGCGGAACAGGACACAGAAUCAAGGCUGAUCAAUCUGAUUUGGGAUGGGCACUGUUCGAGAAGUCACUCCUGAAUGAGAAAGCACUGGCCACAUGCAUGUUGGACACGAAGAAGAUCAACAUUUUGUCAGCAUGCAUCAAGCCCUUCAACCUCGACCGCGAGCGUAUUAGCAGGGUGUUUUCCCUGGUCGAUGAUGAUGAGGUGAAAUUCAUCCGCGCUGACGUGACCGCAGGUGAAGAGCAGGCCUCCGCCACGCGGGACCUCGCGCAAGUAAGGCGAGCGGAGAGGCGACGCUCUGACCUUCCGUUCGGGAGUGAGGACGUAGCACUCAUUGAGCCCGAGCCCUACUAUGACAGCGAGAUGUUUUGGUGGAAAAUCGAACAGUGCCAGACCACGAAUGAGAGAUCGACCGUGCCAGGAAAAGCCUUUUACUGUGAACAAUGCCGAAGUCACCUCUUGGAUUCCGAAAGUCUCAGGAACGCCCAGUUUGGGUCUUACUGUCCUGGGUGCGCCUUCAAGGAACAAUGGAGGCAAUACCCCGAAGUGGUAUCCUGGGAUGAUUGGAAACGGCUGGAACAAAAUGGCGCCGCGUGUGCGGUAUAUCUCUACCAAACCUACUUCAUUGACGUGGGGACCGGUGAAGCAAUUUGCGACCCAGCCAGCAACAUCAAGAACUUCAUCCAGCACUGUGCCACCACAAGUCGGUCCAACCUGGCGAAAACCGUUUCGUCUCUGGGUGCCCUACGGGUUCCGGUGAACAUGGCUAUUGAGUAUUGUCAACAAGGGCGAGCCAGACACCUCGGAUGGGGGCGCGCUCUCUCCUACAAUGGUCAUGUGUGCUAUGUCGCCUAUUACGACCCCGGGAAUCCCGCCUAUGCAGGGUUCAUGAACUGCUUAUUCACCCGCGAAGAAAUCACUGAAAUGUGUCGGGGAUCUCCUGACCCCAGUGAGGAACUCCUGGACGACAUCAUCGAGAUUGCUACUGGAAUGCUCGUUGUGGCGCUCAGAUUUCCCGGUAUGUUUCCCAAGUGGGGGGGCAAGCGUGUCAUUGAAGCCUGUCUUCGAGGAAUCGAGAGAUCUUUUCAUCGAUACGCGGCUGUGGAAUCAAUCACAUUGUUCCCCACCCAGAACCGGAAAAGGAGAAGGCCAGCGGACAUUACCCCGGAGGAGCAGCAAGGCAUUGAGGAAAUCACACCACUCAUAUCAUUCAACUUCUUCGCUGACCCCGCGGACAGAGCAGACGAGGAUGGUGAAGCCGUACAAAUCCAGAUACCGCAACCCGUUGAAGAACCCGAAUACCAUGCAGCGCCCGAAGAGGAUCUCGCGGUUUCCAUUGCUACGGGAGAGGAGCCAGAAGAGGAAGAGGUAGAGCAGGCUGAUCCUUUGGAAGGACCCGAUGAUGCUCCAUCCGAAGUCUCUGAGCUCGUUCGCUUAGCUAUGAAUGGAUUCCGACACGUUCAGGACCUCAUUGCCCGAGAAGACAUUUGUUUGUCAUGCGGUGCGGUUGGCGAUCAUGGUGCUCUCGACUGUAGAGUUUAUCCGGCUAAUCCUGAAGAGAUCGCUCUUGGCGUCGGCCUAUUGGACUCCUUUUUCCAUGGGUACAGGCCACCGCAACGCGGGUCCUCACAGCGAAGCACCGACAUGGAGGUUGAUCAAGUCCCUGAAGGAGAUGAAAGGAUUCGCGAGCCCCCAGAAGACAUCUGG